AUGUCAGACACCCCCCACCCCGCUCAGGAUCCCCCCCAGGAGGAUGCCCAGCUCGAGCAGGACCUUGACCAGCAGCAGGAGCUUCAGUUCCCUGCUGUCGUCGUCAGGAUCCCCGCCCCCACCUGCCCCAGGACCGUCCCCAAGCAGGACGGCGCCCCCACAGACCGCAUCACCCUCUACCCCCAGCCGGGAGAGACCAUCCAGGACAUCAAGCUGCUCAUCAACGACUGGGUCGGCGCCUACUGGCUCGGCCCGUACUCGCUUCGCCUGCCGUUCGUCAAGGGCGAGGAUGGUAAGGGGCAAGUGUACACGAAGAGGAAGGACUUUAGUGAGGUGAGGGCGGGGGAAAAGCUGAAUGAGUGGCUCGAGGUUGCCGACGCUUUUGAGCAUGUCGCUGAAGGCGAGGAGAGGGUCCUUGAGGCCAUCAAGGAACCCUAUGGCGAGUUCAGUGCCCGUCAAUCCAUCCUCCGUCUUAUCGAGCUCAUUGCCCCCGCCGGCACCACCGCCAACACUCUCUCCAACCCACUCGGUCUUUCUGCCGGCGCCACCAUCUUUGAGCGUGUCCGCGACGGGCUCUCUGCCGAUGCCCACUACGAAGAGGUCGAGGUCGCUCUGCCUUCGGGACGCAAGGGCAAGGCCGGAAAGAAGGAAGUCGUAAAGGUCAAGCGCGCCGUCACUGGCGAUCGCGCCCACGCCUUUGCCGACUUUAAGGACUGGCAGCCCGCCUCCUUCGCUUCCUUGCCCGUGUCUUCAGCGUCCUCCGAGAUUGCGCCUGCAGUCAGGUCUAUCCAGGUCUCGCCUUUCAACCCCCCUCCUGCGCAUUUGCGACAGCAAGGCCACCAGCUUUACCUCACUGUUUCUCUCCUUGAGGGCGAGACUUUGACUUUGGUGUGUACGACCCGAGGAUGGUAUGUGUCCAAGAGCAACGUCAACAACUUUGACGCUACCCCCCGCGACGCUGCUGCCCCUAUCCACUCCCUGGUCGACCUCUUGCACAACAUCUCUCCCCAGUUCUCCGAACGCAUCUCUGCCCUCCCUCCCAUCUCGCUCGAAUCCCCCAUCGCCGACCCCAUCUCCACCGUCGCCCCCCCUCAAGCCCAGCCCGCUUACCCCUUCCUCGCAUCCCUCCCCAAACCCGCUACCACCGCCGAACAGCUGCGUACCCAACUUGCCUUCUUGCACACGGGGGCGUACGGCCCCGAAGGCGUCGAUAGCGCUAGGGACUGGAAUGAAGAGCUUCAAGGUAUCCGUGAGCUCCCCCGCUCGACGAUGCAAGAACGCGUCAUGCGGGAACGUAUGCUCCAAAAGACCAUCGCCGAAUUCGAUACCGCCGCCAUCCGCGCCGUCCUGUCCAUCUCUUCCGGUGACGUCCCACCUAUCAACCCCGCCGAACCGGCGGAAGCAUACAUGUACCUCCAAUCCAACAUUUUCGUCACGCCGGGUUACAAUGAUGCUCUGGAUGCGUAUGCGCAUCUGGGCGGGGAUGGGGCGAUGAGGGUGUCGCAUGGGAAGGAUGCGGCGGGGAUCAGGGCGUUCAAUAAGGUUGAUGUGGAUGGGCUUUAUACGCUUGGACAUACUGUUGUGGACUGGAUGGGGAAGCGAUGGGUUUGUCAGAGUGUCCUUCCUGGGAUUUUCUCCAACCGACGCGCUCUUGAAGAAGAGGCCGAGGCCAAGGAAGCUAAGGGUGAGGAUAAGGAUGAGAAGAAGGAAGACUGGGUGGACGUCACUGCCUCCCCCAAGACUGCCACUUCUGCUCUGAAAGAAGGCGAAGAAGCCGAGCCCGAGCUCGACAACCCCAUGAUGAUCUAUGGCCUCGAUUCCGAACGACCUACCACCGUCCACUGGGACGCCCUCACCCACAAACUCUUUGCCACCUACGCCGCCCUCAACAAGCUUGCGCCUCACAGUCUCACCUCGGGCACUGGGGAGAAGCACGAGUUUUAUGCGUCGGCUGAGGUGAAGGGGUUGAAGGGGCAGGAUGGGAGGCGGUAUGUGCUUGAUGGGCAGAGGACGAGCCCUGUGGAUGUGGAGUGGCUUGAGAAGGAUGUUGAGAGGGAGGGGUUGGGAGAGUACCCGCAUAAGCUUGUGUUGCUCCGACCGGAGUUGGUGGAGAUUUACUGGGACUUUGAGUUGAAGCGAUGGGCAAAGAGCGUCUCGGACAAGGCUACCAAAAAGCAGAAAGAGUCUGAAGACGCCGAAAAGGCUGAGAGCGGUGAAAAGGAGGAGGUCAAGAAUGACGAAAAGACGGAGGAGAAGGCGUUGGUGGAUGAGCAUUCGCCUGCUGCUUCUGCCGCCGCCGCCCGCCGAGCCGAGGAAGACGCCCCCAUCGACACGUCCGUCAUCGGCGACAUCAAAGACUUUAAACUCCUCUUCAACGCCGACGCUUUCGUCCCCCAGCCUCCCGCCAAAGAAGGCUGCCCCGCGCCCGUGGCCAUCAACGACGAGUCUGACCCGUCCGUCAAGGCUGUGAGGGACGCGAGCAAGUAUUUGAGGGAGCUGGCGAUCCCGUCGUUGGUUUAUGAUGUGAUGAUUGGGGUGACGAGUGGGGUUAUGGAUGGGGAGAGUUUGAGCAAGCAUCUGCAUUUGAGGGGUGUUAAUGUUAGGUAUCUUGGCAAGGUUGCGGAGACUAUUGAGUCGUUCUCUGCUACCAAGGAGGGGGAGAAGCAGGAGGCCAAGGGGUACCUUCAGGCUUUGCAGUCUAUUGUGUACCAAGAGAUGGUGUUCCGUGCCUCCAAGCACAUCGUCAACGACCUCAUCAAGACCCUCCAACCCGACCAAGCUACCCAAGCCGUCUCCCACUUCCUCAACUGCCUCCUCGGCUCUUCCCUCAACCCCUCCCCCACCGCGGCCUACUCCCCGCUCUCCAUCGGCGCGACCGAGCAAGAGCCCGCGUAUGUUUCUCUUACUGUGGAGGGUUUGAGGAAGCAGAUCAGGGAGGAGGUUAGGAUGAGGUUCAGGUACGAGUUGCCGGAGGCCUUCUUGGAGGGAGGGAUUAGGAGGAAGCAGUUGUUGAGAGAGUUGUCGUUGAGGGUGGGGUGGCAGAUGCAGCAGCGAGAGUACUACUUCUCCAAGGAGGAGCAGGACGCUGUGGAGGAGGUGAAGGAGGACAAGAAGGAGAAGAACAAGAAGAGCAAGGCGAAGACUGAGGUCAAGAGGACGACUACGUUUGAGCCUCAGGAUGUUUUGACUCUUUUGCCUAUCGUCAAGUCUACCGCUCCUUCGGUCUCUGUCGCCGAAGAGAUCCUCGCCGCCGGCCGAAACACCAUCAACAACGGCAACGUCAACCUCGGCCUCGAAUUCAUGCUCGAAGCCAUCCAGACAUACGAGUCCAUCCACUCUGUCAUCCACCCCGAAGUCGCCGCCGUGUACAAUCAGUACGCCCAGGCUAUCCACCAGAUCGCGCGUAUCAAGAUUGCCCAGCUUGCGCAGAAGGAAGAUGCGAGCCCGGAUGAGCCUUUGGGCGUCGAUGUCUCUACUGCGCUCAAGUUGCAGAGGCAGGCUGUGGUUAUUGCCGAGCGAACGCUGGGUAUCUAUCACCAUGAGACUGCUAGUUAUUACUUUAACCUUGCUAUGCUUGAGAACCUUGAGGGUAACUCGCAGCAGGCGUUGAGGUACUUUAAGCAUGUCUUGACGCUUUGGGACGUCAUGUAUGGACGGGACCACCCCGAGGUCAACACUGUGCUUAACAAUGCCGGUAUCAUCCUCCAGACUGCCAUUACCGACCUCCCCUCUUCUCUUGCCUUGCACCAGCAAGCCCACGAGUCGACUUCGUCCAUCUUUGGCUCGUCUCAUCUCCAAACCGCCCAAACCCUCAACCAGCUUGUGCAAUCCCAUUUCCUCGCCGGCAACCACCGCGAAGCCCUCACCUCCGCCGAAGCCACCCACACCAUCUUCCUCGCCAAGCUCGGCGAAGAACACACCCAAACCAAGGAAUCGCUCCGCAACGUCGAGCUCUUGACUGCCUUGAUUGAUGGUGCGGAGAAGCAGAAGGAGAGGGAGGAGAUGAUCAAGAAGGAUGCGGAGGAGAGGCUGAAGGCUGCUAGGGGCCAAAGCCAGGGGUUGGCGGGCAGGUUGGCGGGGAGGAGGUUGGGGCAGCAGGUUAAUGGGAAUGUGCCCUCUGGCGUGAGGGUCAUUGACCAGCAGACGCUUGCUGCGCUUACUGCUGCUGCGCAGAAUGGGCAGUUGCCUGCUAGCGCUGCUGCUGCCGUCGCCGCCGCUGGUCAAGCGCUCCCCAACGGUCAAACUUCCGCGGAGGGCGCUGCUGAUGCGGCCGCCGUCCAAGGACAAGGACCCAGGAUCGGGGAGAGGGGUACAGAGAACUUGGAAGAGCUUGUCAACUACAUUCAGGGCGGUAGUGCCGGUGGGGCUGGUGGUGCUAAGAGAGGAAAGAAUGCGUUGAGGGGUAAAAGAAGGACUGGCUCGAAGCGUUAA